AUGACGGAUCAACACAAUCCACUGGAGCUGUCCACUUCUUCGGCUCCAGCUCAAGUGGCCAUUGACAACACCACUCACCAUCCACACAUUUUGGAAGAACAAGACACUUCUCCACUCGCUGACCUUCUUUCUCAACUGAAUAUUUACAACUGGGCUGAAUUUUCUAAAACAUUUACCAACUCUUCUAGGCACAACAGCACCUUGACCAGUGCAAGCAGCAAUACAAAUUCUGUCAUCCAUGUGAAUGGUCAUCCUCCUCAUCAACCACCGAAUGGUGCUGCUGACACCAACGCCCAGCUCACUCGAACGAAAGCAUCUGACCAACAACAGGAAGCGCCACAAAUAGCAACCAAUACCACAUUGGGAAGUCAAAAUCUUUAUCCUUCGUCGUCGUCUUCAUCAUCACCUCAUCAACAAACGAUGACCAUUAACAAUCCACAACAAACUCUUUCUCCUCAUCAGCAGCAACACCAUCAUCCACAAAACCUCAAUCAUCAUGGAACAGCUCCUUCCUCUCACUCUUCGUCCUCUCACAUCCAUCCGAUGAUGAUAGGCUCGGAUUCAUCAUCACCACUCAUGAUGAAUUUAUCAGCACUCUCCCAACAUUAUACUCUGUUGGUGGUCAUCCGACGUUAUAUACGGCAUGGUGGGUGCGGUUUCUGCAACCGUAGAGGACUCGAGCUCGCAGAUUGGUAUAAGGCCUUGUUGCAACUCUGUAUCAUUCCAGUAAUUUUACAUGCCGAGAGUGAGGAUGAAGGUAAUGAAUUCUUUCAUGCCUACAAGAAUCCAAUCGUUGCUCACAUUCCCCGAGUUUCAGAUCCUCGAUAUAAGCGAGUUUCAAAAUUGUUGGAGAUGGCCAGUCCUCAAGGAGCUACUCCCUUGAAAUUUGAAGAACUCUCGUUCAAGACCAAACUGAAAACCAUUCGGCCCUACAUGACUGCCUUAAAACAAGGCUAUACCUUUGUACAGAAACCCAACGAGGUCGAAUUCUCGGAAGGGACCAACCUUCUGGUACCCAAGAUGGUUUUAAUUCGGGACAAUGAAAUCAAAUACGUUUUUGAUCAUGAAUUGUAUGAUCAUACUCCCGAUGUGCUCAGUACCGUGAUUUUGAAAUUGCCUUGGCUUGCCAUGACGAGUGCCGAUCUGUGGAACUCCAGUAGCGAUGCUUGCUCGAAUUCAACGUCUUUUUUUCGCGCCAGUAUUUCGUCGGCGGUUUCGAAUUUGGAGGUUCUGAAUGAAAUGCCAAAUCAUUUGAAAACAGGAACAACCACAACAACAGUUUCAAAUUUUCAAGGACAACAACGAAAAGUGAGUAGUGGCAGUACUUCACAGCAUUCAACUCCUCAACAACACGGAGGACACGACACUCGAAAGAUUUCAAGUGCUUCGAAUCCACUCAGCUUGCCAAAUGUCCAUCAAGAUGAAACCAUGGUUAUGACCACACUUUCUUCGUCGUAUCAACAACAACAACAUUCGAGAAAGCUCUCCUCUUCAUCCAUGUCUUCCUCUCAUCAAUCACAAUUUUUAAAACAACAUUUAAGAAAUGACUCAUUGUUGGAUCCCACAACCAUUCCAUCUCCAAAUUUGGAUGCUUUUGAUUUAACACGAAGAAAAAUUUCCAAUGGACAACUUCCUCUUGCCUCAAGUUUUAAUAAUACUUCUUCAAAUCUUGUAAGCAAUCCUCAGGAUCAUGUUACAAACAAUGGUUUUCCAACACAACUUCCUACUUCACCAACUUCGUCCUCAAGAAAACAAUCUUCAGCAAGUGCAGGAAAAAUCUCACCAAGACAACGACACGAUUUACAAUAUUAUCUGGAUCAAAUGUCUCAAAAAGUUUCAUCAAAUUCUCAGCAUGACGAUAAAAGUUUUUCAACACAUUCAAAAUCUUCUUACACGCCUCCUCAUGGUGGUGGUGGUGGAGGAAAUCAUUCACGACAACAUUCUCAACUUUCAGAUUUAGUGUUGGGAACAGAACUUGGCGAUCCAGCAGCAGUUUCCAUCACUGUUCAAGAUAUGAAUGCGUUUGGAGUGGUUCAAGAAAGUGUGAAAACAAAAUUAUUGACUCCAGAAAUUAUGACAACGACGACAACGGAUGGUGAAUUAUUGAUUGAGGGAAUGGAAUCAAAUCAAUUGCAGCUAGCCAUGCAUGUUGCUCAAACACAUCAACAUUCACAUGACACGAGUCAUUCACCUUCUCAACGACAGCAACAUGUUCAACCACAGAAUGAUCAUCCUGUCAAACAUCAUGCCAGUCCAUUCACACUCAUUCGAAGUGUUCCAAUUUAUCGAAAAGUUGAAGGCGUUCUUGAUUUUGAACACAUUUCAAAAGAACAAUUAGCAGAGGAACAACAUCAAGCUGCUCUCGAAGCUAAACAACGAAUGAAAAAACGAGCAUUUAUUGCUUGCAUGCGUGUUGAGGAAACGAUUGAAGAUACAGAAAGUGAAGUCGCUACAAUCAAAGUUGGAUUACAUGCCAUUCUCAAUGACGAUCAUAAGAGACAAUAUUUCAAGAUUUUUGCCUUAAAAGAAUUUAAUGCAGAGAAUAUCAUGUUUUGGGAAGAAGUUGUUUCGUUUAAAAAAUUAUUCAUUGAAUUGAAGGAAUUUAAUGAUGAAGUGACACAUUCUGAUGAAAAUAGACACAGAGUUUCAAAAUUGGCCCUUCUCAUUGCUAACAAGUAUCUUCUCGAUGAUUACAGUAUUUACAAUAUCAACACGUCCAAUACUUUGAAACAACAAGUGGCAUCGUUCAUUUCCAAUCCUCAUUAUUUCUAUAAGGAUGAUUGUAAAUUUUUAUUUGAUGACAUUGUUUUGGAAAUUAUGACCACGGUAUUACCAGACAUGUAUCAUCGAUUCUUGGUUUCGAAUGAAUAUAAGGAAAUGCUCAAAUCUGUCAAGCAUCUCUCGAGAGGAAGAAGGAAAUAA